CCGUCCGUUCUUAAACUGAGCCCCAGAUGACGAGUCGAGAGUCGGGAAAAGAGAGCUGGCAUGGCCGUGGCGAACGAGCCGGACGCGUUUGAUGCCAUUCUUAUGGCGGAGGCGAGAUUUCAUGGUGAAGGCUACCAAGAAGGCUAUGUUGAAGGAACUCAGGCUGGUGUCAUGGAAGGAAGACAAUAUGGAAUACAACAAGGUGCCAAAAUUGGCUUAGAAAUUGGCUCAUACCUGGGUUUUUCGAUGACGUGGCUAAGAUUGCUUCAGAAAAACUCAGAUGAUAAACACAGUAAAAAAAUAAAGGUGCUGGAGUCAUUAAUAGAGAUGAUCCAGAAAUUUCCUCAUCAGGACCCAAUUUAUGACAAACUUCAAGAAGACCUGGAAAGAAUCAGAGGAAGAUUUAAACAGGUUUGCUCGCUGUUACAUAUACCAUCUGAUUUCAGGCUUAGUAAGGAAGGGUCGGCACUUUCAUUUUGAAAUUGGCAUGAAUGGAGAAAAAUACCUGGAUUUAAGAACUGGUCAAGUCUCCUAAAAGUCCAAAAGAGGAUUUUGCCACAGAGAGGAAAGCUGAUUUUUCUGCAGUGAGGACAAUUGAAAGCUACCUUGGAGAUCUCAUUCUUUUCCUAGUUGAAUUGUAAUGCCAGUGUAUGUUCCUGCAAUGCAAUGUCUGUUCCUGCUUAACAACUUAAUUAACAGUGUUGAAUUUUGAAAAUUGUCUUCUGGAUAUCACGAGGAACUGUGAUUAAUUGGUAUCAAGCACCAAUACAACUAGUAUGCUGUGCUCAUGAGUGCCCCUCAGUCCUUGCACCCUCCUUUCAUGCAUGACACUUGAUUGAAAAUGUCUUGGUUUGAUCAGGCUCCAGCUCGCCAUGCUGUGUAAAUGCAUGGGGACUCAUGUGAGAGAGUUCAUCCCCCACAAGCAAGGAUUCAGCUAAGAUUUUGGAUCCCAGCUUGUGGAGAAUAAACAAACUGCACAGGUUUGUACAUUCAUACAUCCUCGUGAACUGGGCUUGUUCAAUCUGGAGUUUCCAGUCAAGCUCCUUGUGCAAGAGAAGGUGACCAAAGUGAGAGGCCAGCAAAACUCUGUUCAGUCUCAGUUUAUCAUGAUGUCUGAAUUCAACCUAAAUCUGAAACACUGGGUACAAAACAGUGCCACUUACAUUAAGUUUUCACACAUGCUUAGGAAACUGUUUUUUAAAGAUUUCAUCUUUAAAGGUAUCAUCCAUAAAUCUUACCUUUAAAGCCCUUUAUGGCCAGGGACCUGCAUACCUGAGGGACCGCCUUUCCCCAUAUGUACCCCAGAGGACACUGCAAUCAGGGACCCAGAAUCGGCCGGCUCUCCCAAGCAGUAAGGAGGCCAGACUUGUGGCAACUAGGGCCAGGGCUUUUUUGGUGGCGGGUCCACUCUGGUGGAAUGAGCUUCCAGAAGAGACCAGGGCCCUGUGGGACCUUUUACAGUUCCACAGGGCCUGUAAAACUGAGCUCUUCCGCCAGGCUUUUGGGUCUGCCACCACUACCACCUCUACCACCAACAAUUGACACCUACAUUGGUGGAGCCCUGACACACUGGACCCUUAAAUACCGCCUGAGCUGAUCUCCCCAGAUAGCUGAAGGAGACCAGGGAGCUGACCGCAAAAUGAGGAAAUGUUGCUAUCACUUUAUUAUGUCUUGGUUUUAAUAUGUAUUUAUAUUAACUGAUGUGAUUUUAUUUUACUGUAUUGUUGGAAUUUUAUUCUGUUUGUAAGUCGGCCUAGGCCAGGAGGGCGGGGUAAAAAUCUUAAUUAAU